AUGUCGAAGCCUCUGAGCGCCGCAGGAAACGCGUCGGCUGCGGCAUCCUCCGCCGCUGCACCGCAGGGGACGCAGGAGCUGACGAGUUUUGUGCAGAACUUGCUGCAGCACAUGCAGGAGCGUUUUCAGGAGAUGUCCGACACUAUUAUUUCUCGCAUCGACGAGAUGGGUACCCGCAUUGACGACCUGGAGAAGUCCAUCUCGGAGUUGAUGCAGCACGCGGGCAUGGAGGAGGGUGAAGUGAGCACAGCAAAGCACCAGCCGAAGUCUAAAGGAAAGUCGUAG